AUGCAACAACAACAGCAACAGGAUGGUGAUACUAAUAAGGUCACACGAUUUGAAGAGGAGGAGUUACAAAAUGCAAGAGCUUCAGUAGAAACACUGACUGCCAGUUUGGAAAAUCUGAAUCAAAGAAAAGCUGAUGUUUUGAGCAAUUUGGAACAAUUGAGAGAAAGAAACAAUAAAGAAGGUGGUGCUACUAAUACUGGGGUGCAGAAAUUAGUCCCUCUUUUGAAGUCAUUAAAGGAUUUGGAAUUGCAAGAAUCUGUUUUGCAAUCUGAUUGCGAUGCGAAACGAACUGAGUUGGAAGCUGAAGCGUGUGCAUUGGAGGAGAAAAUAGCUGCUGGUAUGGACAGUGAGGGUUUAUGUGAGGAUUUAGAUUGUUUAUUGAGCGAGUCAUUGAAGAAACUUAACGCAGCAAAGAAGGAAUUAGCAGCUAGAUUGAGGGCAGUGACGUCUGUAAAGCGGAAGCUUGGGGAAGUGCCAACACAAUCAGAACUUAUCCAGUAUGAACGCGGGUUCUCAGAUUUGAAUGCUCAUAUCCAGGAAAAACAUCGACUAACCCGCAAAUAUUAUGCCACCUAUAAUGCUCUCUUGGAGAUUAAAGAAUUGAUGCUAAAGGAAACUUCUUUAUUGAAUUCAAUAAGUUCACAGUUUCAGGUUGCCAUUACAAGUACCGAUGGUCGAACGAAACUGAUUGAUUCCAUGGAAGGUAUUGUCAAGGGCAGCCAACAGGUGCUUGACAUAGCGGAACAGAAGGCUAAGGUCUAUAAAGUGUAUUUUGAUAUGCCUGCCUAUUCUAUUUUAAUGACCACUGCAUCCGUCUAUCAGAAAUUACAAAAGGUCGAACUUGGGCUUCAGGAAGAGCAGAAGGUUUCUGAUGCUCUCAAGAAGAGGUAUGCUGCAGCUAUGGCAGAGAAAAGGCGCUGCUAUUCCCUCUUAAAGGCUUUUCAGCUUUCCUUGCUGGAAUCUGGAUGUGGAUGUGAUGUAAUUGUUGAAUUAGAGUGUGCAAAUGUCAUUAAACAGGAUCUGUUUUGUAUGCAAUUGACAUUAUCAAUGGAGGAAGUGAAUAACAGGAAUAUGUAG